UUCAUACUGCAAUGUGAGACCUCACAGAAAUGACAGUGAUUUGGAAUGGUACCACUGAAGUGAGACCCCUCCCUUGACGCGAACAUGCUGAAGACCGAGGCCACGGUGGAGAGGACUACUCUUCGCAGUGCUUCCCCACACAGGAACGCCUACAGGACUGAAUUCCAGGCUCUGAAGAAGGCCUUCGACCAGCCUCGUCAGGAUGACGGCCCGCCCAGGCAGAAGGACCCCGAGCGGAUCCGGCAGCCUCGGGGCCGGCAGUAUGGCGCCCACGUCAGCCGGAUCAAGGACAUGUUCAUGCAGAUGGGCACGGACACCGUUGGCACCGCCAAAAGCCGGAGAGCCGACCCGUCCCCCCAGAAACUAACCAAGCCCACCAACUUCGUCAACCGGACCGACGGGUCGGUGAUCAAGCUCCAGCAAGGCGGUGCGGUGGACCGCUCCAACACAAAGUUCUCCGAGACCAGGAAGCUGUUCGAACAGACCUCCCGGGACACGUCCCAGUCUCCCGUCUCCUCCUUCAGCAGGGACAAGAGGGGCUCCCACGAGCACCUGGAUGACUGGAGGGGGUCCCGCUCCAACCGGGGCAGCACCGACUCUCUGGACUCCUUGUGCUCCCGGAAUGAGGCCUCUUCCCCUACGGUGAGCCAACUGAGCGCCGUGUUCGAGAACGUUGACCGCGGCCCGCACGGGCCAGGCUCGCUCAUUCGCCGUAGCCACAGCGCGGGCCGGGCGCUGUGCUCCCCGGACGGGCAGCACAAUCACGGGGAUCUGAGCGAGGACGACAGCAGCCUGCGCCAGUCGCCGGUGCGUGGUGGUGUCUACAGGACCCGGAUCGGGGGCAAGCUGCCCAUGUCUUCGUCCUCCGAGGAUCUCCUCAGCCCGAGCCCGUCCGCGGAGACAGCGGAGCAGAGGAGGCUGGAGAGGGAGAGGAAGCUGGAGCAGAAGAUUGAGGAGGCAGCCAAGGAUGACGAGAACGGGGAGAAGGCCCUCCCGAGCUCGGCGGAGUUGGAUGGAGUAUCAGACGCGAAACAGGACGGCCAGACUCCCAACAUUGAGGCCGUCUGCGGGGACUUCUCUCAGGCGAGCGAGGCUGACGUUAGCGAGAUUCUCCAGGAAAUCCCUGAACGCGUAGCCAGGAAGCCGCAGGAUGAUGCCACGGAGAACCACAAGGACGAAAAGAAGACGUCCCGGAUUACAGAGGAUCUGGCAGAAGAGCCCGAUGAGGAAUACUGUGGGAACGAGAGGGUGAUUUUCAAUGCGGACGGAGAUGCUUGCUACCAGGGCUGGGGCGAGAGUUGCACGGAUGAGGAUGCUGAUGAUGAUGUCAUCUAUGACCCGGGGUCAGAGCUCACUGAAAUCCCAGGCCUACCAGAUGAGCCUGAGGAUGACAUCCCUCAGGGGAGGAAGAUUCGAUUCAACUCUUCUCCCAUGAACGUUUUUAAUACCUACUCAAACGAGGAUUAUGAUCGCAGGAAUGAGGAGGUGGAUCCGGUGGCAUCCUCGGCUGAAUAUGAGCUGGAGAAGAGGGUUGAAAAGCUGGAGCUUUUCCCCGUGGAGCUGGAGAAAGAUGACGACGGCCUGGGCAUAAGCAUCAUUGGCAUGGGCGUGGGCGCCGACGCCGGGCUCGAGAAGCUGGGCAUCUUUGUCAAGACCGUCAUCAAGGGCGGAGCCGCCGAGAGGGACGGCAGGAUCAAGGUGAAUGAUCAGAUAGUGGAGGUGGACGGAACCAGCCUGGUGGGAGUCACGCAGAGCUUUGCAGCCACUGUCCUGAGGAAUACCCAUGGCGUGGUGAAGUUCAUGAUUGGCCGAGAGCGCCCGGGCCAAGAGAGCGAGGUGGCCCAGCUGAUCAGUCAGACGCUGGAGCAGGAGCGGCGCCAGCGGGAGGCCAUGGAGCAGCAGUACGCCCAGUACGACGCCGACGACGACGAGACGGGCGAGUACGCCACCGACGAGGAAGAGGACGAGGUGGGGCCAGCCGUCAAUAGCGGCGAGAUGACCAUCGAGGUGUUCGACCUUCCCGAGACUGAUGACAUCAUCUCGCCCUCUGACCUUGACGCCACCAAACUCUAUCAGAAAUUCAGAGAGCUGCAGAUAAAGCACACAGUCACUGAGGCCGAGAUUCAGAAACUCAAAAGCAAGCUCCAUGCGGUGGAGAAGGAGAAGCAGCGCUGGGAGCGGGAGAAGACGCAGCUGAAGCAGAGCAUCGACGACAACAAGGAGAGGAUGCUGAAGCUGGAGAGCUACUGGAUCGAGGCGCAGACGCUGUGCCACACCGUCAACGAGCAUCUGAAGGAGGCGCAGAGCCAGUACCAGACCCUGGAGAAGAAGUACAACAAGGCCAAGAAGCUCAUCAAAGACUUCCAGCAGAAGGAGGUGGAGUAUGCCCAGAAGGAGGAAGCAGAGAAGCAGAGGCUGGAGGAGGUGGAGAAAACUCAUCUGGAUGAAAUCCAGGGCCUGCAAGUCAGGAUCGCCACCCUGGAGUCCGAGCUGAUGCAGCUGAUGAAACAAAAUGGCAUCCAGGUGAACAACAACAACAACAGCGCAGAGAGCCGGGCCCAGCUGUCGGAGAGGCUGUCCGCCCUGCAGUUGCCCACGAGGGCAGAGGCAGGAGCAGGAGCAGGAGCAGGGACGGGGCCAGACGUGAGUCAGGGUGGUCCGCAGGCGGAGAGUCUGGAUGGAGAGGUUGGGAAAGGGCGGGGCCAGUCGUCCAGGGGCCUGCUCCGAGACAGCGCCAGCUCCACAGAGGGGGAGGACAGCCUGGAGAGAAAGGCUGCCCAGAGCAAGCUGUCCUCGGUGACCUCGGCUCAGAGGACAGGCUCGCCGUUUUCAGAUUCGGGGGCCUCGGAAAGCGGAACCCCCAGAGCCCCCCGAAGCGUGGAAGCCUCCCCCCACCACCAGAGGCUUAGAGGCAGCGCAGACAAUGAAGGCUCCCCUGUAGUCUCCAGCCCCUCCCUCAGUCAAGAGGACAAGCCUAACAUACGGUGUUCUCUGCGAGGGAGUAAAGGUUUAGAAAGCUCCGCUGAAAACAGCCCAGAGAAAGUCAAGAGCAAGGGCUCGGCGCUGAAUGAUGACCUCAGCGGGAGCAGCAGCGGUUCAGUGGAGGUCAGUGCGCUGCUGGCCGAGCCCAGGGUCUCUGGCCACUAUCACACACAUGCGCUGACCUCAGAUGAGAGUCUGGACAUGAUUGAUGACGAGGUUCUAGAUGACGGGCAGCCACCAAAGCAGCACCACUGGCAGAACCAGAGUGUCUCCGACUGGACCUGCCAGCAGGUGGGGCGCUGGCUCACAGGCCUGAGCCUGGAGAAAUACAUCCCAGAAUUCACUGCCAAGGACGUGGAUGGAGAACAGCUGCUGCAACUGGAUAGCGGUGCCCUGAAGGAUCUGGGCGUGGAGUCUCUGUUGGACCGAGGCCUGAUCAAGAAGAAGCUGAAGGACUUGAAGGCAAUAAUGGAGAAGGCCCGGCGCAACCGCGAGAAGCUGGAGAAGCAGCGCGAGAAGCUGCGGAAGAAGGAGCAGGAGCAGCUGCAGAAGCAGACCCGCAAAUCCAGCAGGAGCUCCUCCGAUCCACCAGAGGGCGCCACAGACUAACUGCACCACUGAAAACGCAGAGAGGGAGAAACACCUGCUACUCACUCCUGUAACUGGAUUUCUAGGGUGCUGUUUCCAAGGUUUUCGAGGCUUGAGAUGGUUAGGGACAGGAGAAGGAUCUACCAACAGGAGGAAGAGGGAUAAAGUUGAACUGGAAUUGAAACCUAUGAAGUGGACCAAUAUCUCCAUCGCCCUCCCACGCACCAGAACACUAGUUUCACCCCCGGUUGGAGGCGUUCAUUCUGGGGGGGCUUUUACACACUAAACAGGGCUUCCUAAUCUGGAUGAAAAAGCCAGAUGCUCAUUGCAGAAGACUGUAGUUGCUAGUGAACUGCCACCUGUGUAAAUGAGAAA